AGGCAUUGGGGUGCUAAACGGAGCGCCUGUCGCAGGAGCUGCCAAGCUCCACUCUCCACACGGUUCCACACGUCGCAUGGCUGUGAAGGUAGCUGCCAUGCCUACUCGCCUGACCCUUCCGUUUCUCUUACUCCUAGCUGUUGCGUCCGGCGCCUACGUCGCAGCCGGCGCGCCGCCGAUCAGCCGGAGAGGCUUCCCUGAGGGGUUCAUCUUCGGGACGGCCUCGUCCGCCUAUCAGUACGAGGGUGGUGCAAUGGAGGGGGGCAGAGGACCGAGCAUCUGGGACACCUUCACUCACCAGCACUCAGACAAAAUCGCUGAUGGAAGCAAUGGGGAUGUGGCGGUGGAUUCCUACCAUCUCUACAAGGAAGAUGUGCGCAUCAUGAAGGAUAUGGGGAUGGAUGCCUAUAGGUUCUCCAUCUCCUGGAGUAGAAUUCUUCCAAAUGGAAGUCUGAGCGGUGGAAUCAACAGAGAAGGCGUACGAUACUACAACAGUUUGAUUGAUGAGCUCCGGUCGAAAGGGGUGCAACCAUUCGUGACCAUUUUUCACUGGGACUCGCCUCAGGCAUUAGAAGAUAAAUAUGGAGGGUUCCUCAGCCCAAAUAUCGUCAAUGACUACACGGACUAUGCUGAGGUCUGCUUCAAAGCAUUCGGUGAUCGAGUGAAGCACUGGAUCACGUUCAACGAGCCCUGGAGCUUCUGCUCAGGGGGGUAUGCAUCUGGCACCUCUGCACCAGGCCGGUGCUCGCCAUGGGAGCAGGGCAGGUGCAACGCUGGGGAUUCAGGAACGGAGCCUUACACUGCAUGUCAUCAUCAACUUCUCGCCCAUGCAGAAACAGUUCGGUUGUAUAAACAGAAGUAUCAGGCUGUGCAAAAGGGGGAGAUUGGAAUAACAUUAGUCUCACACUGGUUUGUUCCAUUUUCCCGUUCCAAAUCUAACGAUGAUGCAGCAAGGCGCGCCAUAGACUUCAUGCUUGGCUGGUUCAUGGACCCCCUUAUUAGAGGAGACUACCCGCUAAGCAUGCGAGCGUUGGUCGGAAAUCGCUUGCCACAGUUCACAAAGGAACAAUCAGAGUUGGUCAAGGGUUCAUUCGACUUCAUUGGGCUAAACUACUACACAGCAAACUACGCUGACAACCUUCCUCCAUCAAAUGGCCUCAACAUUAGCUAUAACAGCGACGCCCGAGCUAAUCUUACGGGCGUUCGAAACGGUAUCCCUAUAGGUCCUCAGGCUGCUUCAUCUUGGCUCUACAUAUACCCUCGAGGCUUCCGUGAGCUGCUGCUUUACGUCAAGGACAACUAUGGCAAUCCUACAGUCUAUAUCACUGAAAAUGGCGUCGACGAAUUCAACAACAAAAGCCUGUCGCUCCAGGAAGCCCUCAAGGAUGACACCAGGAUCGAGUACUAUUACACGCACCUCCUUGCCCUGCAAAGCGCUAUAAGGGACGGAGCAAACGUGAAAGGCUACUUCGCGUGGUCGCUGCUGGACAACUUCGAGUGGGCGAACGGCUACACGGUCCGGUUCGGGAUAAACUUCGUGGACUACAGCGAUGGACUGAAGCGGUACCCCAAGAAGUCUGCCCACUGGUUCAGGGAGUUCCUCAAGAAAUAGUCGUGGACGACGACACUGAGCAGCAAGAGUGCCAAUAAGAAAUAAAUCGAAUAAAGCGCUCGUGUUUUUUUUUUUUUUUGGCAAGUGUUCUUUCGCUGUCGCGCGUAUCCCUUAUGUAUCUUAACUUUCAUAUUGUUUUGUGCCACAACAUGGAGCUUUAAAUAAUGGCCUGGAUACGGUUGUGCGAUGGAGCAUGCACAAGAAAA